AGAGAGAGCUGCAGAGGGAGGGGGGAGGGUACAGUACGUGAGGACACUGCAGGGUUUGGUUGGGCGCGGUGGGGGAGGUGGUGGUGGUGAUGUAAUCCAGGCCCCGCCCACCUACCGAGGAUAUAGAUGGUGGUGUUUUGGUGGUCCACCUCUCCACACCGAGGACGUCCGACAGCUGAACAAGUCCUAAGACCGACCGACCGACGCUUAGUGAAGUUGUCCAGCUCCUGGUCGCUCCUCAUCCUCCUCAUCCUCCUCAUCCUCGUCUCCUGGAAGCUGAAGCUCUGAGAGGUCAUGGCGGGCAUCGCUCUCCUCCUCCGGGUCCUCCUCCUGCUGCUCGGAGGGACGAUUCUCCUCAACGGCAUCCCUGCACAGAGGAUCAGAGUUCGCCGUCAGAACAUGAAGGUUCGGAUCAACGCCACCGGCGACACCAUUGUGAUGAAGUUUGUGCGUCCGAGUCCUGACGUGAAGUUGGAGGGUUACAUCCUGGGAUACGGCAGCAGCAUGUUCUCCAAACAGUUCAUCCAGCUGCCUGAGAACGGACAACCCUACGAGACCGAGAUGGACGCAGAGCCAAAGUACCUGGUGGCUGUGCAGCCAAUCCCGGUCAACGACGUGAAGAAACACUGCACAGGUAAGGUGAACCUGGAGAAGCCACUCCACCUGGUGAUCGGCUCCGUCAGCCCGACAGCGGUGCUGCUGUCCUGGGGGAACUACCUUAAGACGCCCUACGAAGGGAACAUCAUGAACGAGUGUCUGGAGGACGGGUUUUACACCAUCCGCUACAGGGAGAGGAACAGGAAGUGGAAUUACCAGACCUGCCCGACCAGCGACACGGUCAUCGACAACCUGAAACCCAACACGCCCUACGAGUUCGGCGUCCGAUCGAACAAGGACGACCGUAGCGGCAUGUGGAGCAAACCGGUCAUCCACAACACCAACAUGGGCAAUAAAAAUGCACAGAAGCCGUACAAGAUUCGCAAUCCUCUCGCCAAGCCAUUGAAACCUCAUGGACCUCACACUCUGUUCCCUCCUCGUCCUGCUCUGCACAACCGGACGCAGCCACGACUUUCUCCUCCACUCAAAAACCCAGGUUUCUCCGGAGCUCCACGCACUUCUUUUGCGCCACCUGAGAGCCAGCAGGAAACUUUACCUCUCCCCGGCUCUGCUGAGCCUAAAUGGCCUCAUGUGUCACUCGACAAAGGAAACACUGUUAAAAACGACUCCGACCAACUGGUGGAUCCUCCUACUUCUGCCCUCCCCCGACUCCUGCCAACCAAAGCCCCUUCUGCCAGCACCACAGCCUCCCCCCUUACUAAAUUAAACUCCUAUGGUGACUUGCUUCAGGGGCAGACUACUAAGGCGCCCACUAAUACACCUGAGAAGCCUCAUAACCCUACUGCUUUCGGCAAAUCACAGGAUGGAUCAUCGCUGCUGAGAACAGCUCUGGCCAAUGAGCGGGCCAAGAGUAACACCUGGGGUCAAGGCAGCAAAAGAACUCUCACCCCGUCGCUGCCUUUGCAGCCCUACAACUCGGCAGAUACCACAGCCACCAGAUCCAUGAGGCCUGCAGCUAGAAACCCCCUCUUUCCCUACUCUAAUGGCUUCAGACAGCCCCACUCUUCUUCUAGACCCAGUAACUCGUCCCCAACCACCGGGAUACUCGGGGUAAAUGGACAGCCGCACCGGGGCAUUUCCCCACCUAAACCAGCCUUAUGGUACAGACCUCGACUGGUGAACAACUCAUUGCUGGAAGACAAGAAGUCUGAAUUCCCUGAUGUGUUUGGUCGUUCGGGUCCCACCGUUGAAGAGCGGUUUUAUGGAUCCCCUGCUCACCCGUCCAUACCGAUCAACAAGAGACCAAAUUUGGUGGGGAAACCUGGAGAAACAGACAAGAUGAACAACUUUAAGGAGACGGACAAGUUGCCAAUCCUGAAAGUCCCACAAGCAACUGCCAAGCCAACCAAACAGGAGCGGAAACAGACCACAACCAUCACACCAACAACAACUGCAAAUCGACAGGAAACUUGGGAGGACUCUGACCUGUUUAAAUCUCAGCCGACCUCUGACCUUGAUGCCAUGGGCAAGAAACGUUACGUGGCACCUCACGUUGUCUACCAAACAGGCAAGAGGCCAGACGAGCCUUGCUCCAUCACCUCCUCUCUCAACUACUUCCCUGAGGAUGAACCUGGCGAGGCGAAUGUGACGGCACCGCCCAAGAAUCCGCCCUCCAACCUCACCGUGGUGACGGUGGAGGGAUGCCCCUCCUUCAUCAUCCUGGACUGGGAGAAGACUGACAAUGACACCACCGAGUAUGAAGUAAUCUCCACCGCCAAAGGACCUGAUGGCGAGCAGGUUUCCAUCCUGACCACCAACCAGACUCACACUGCUGUAGAGAACCUCAAACCUGAGAGCAGUUACGAGUUCAAGGUGAAGCCAAAGAACGAGCUGGGUGCAGGUCCUCCCAGUGAGCCGGUCUCCUUCAACACUGAGUCAGCGGAUCCUCGAGUGAGCGAGAACGUUUCAGGUAAAGACGCCAUCUGGACUCAGUUCCCCUUUAAGACGGACUCGUACUCUGACUGCCACGGUAAACAGUACGUGAAGAGGACCUGGUACCGCAAGUUUGUUGGCGUCCAGCUGUGCAACUCGCUCAGGUACAAGAUCUACCUGAGCGACACGCUCAAUGGUAAAUUCUACAACAUCGGAGAUCAGACCGGCUUUGGUGAAGAUCACUGUCAGUUCGUUGAUUCGUUCCUGGAUGGAAGAACAGGCCGGCAGCUCAGAGCCGACCAGCUCCCAGACAGACCUGGUUUCUACAGAGCUGUGCGUCAGGAGCCCGUCCACUUCGGACAGAUAGGAGGUCACUCCCACGUCAACUACGUCUCAUGGUACGAGUGUGGAACGCCCAUCCCCGGCAAAUGGUAAACGGACUCAGAGUCGUCCUCGGAGAAGCCUGAGAGAGGAUCGGUUGCCCAGGCUGGGAUGGCGAUGACAACAGGAGGAGGGGGACGUCCAAACUCCCUCCACUUCAUGUUCCACCACCGUACCCAGUGCUGUAAAAACAUGUACAGGACAUACUCGUCAGGGAAUUUGUAAUGAGAGAGCAUUUUUUAAAAACAUGUAAUAGCAAACGUGCAUCAUCUUUACUAUUUAUCAAGCAACAAGGCUGAAGUGAUAAAAGAGCAGGAAGAUACGUGGAAGUUUGGUCACUCUCUGCAGCGUUGGGGGGAGGCAAACUCACGCUAGAUAUAUUUUAUUUUGUGUUAAAAUAAUGGGAAGCUGGCUCCCUGGAAUACUAUUUUCAUAACUUGUGAGAUGUUAUUUAUCAAAAGGUCUUUGAUUACAUUUGGUCACGAGGGCGAGAAGUCACAGGAUUGUCUGGUGUGCAGUGCUUCUGCUGUUCCUCUGGUGUAGAUUUACAGAACAUUGUGUUUGUUUUCAGUUUGAGCUCGUUCCUGUUGAUUUGCAUUAAAAAGGCAGAAGGUUUAAAAAAGGAAACCAGGCAGCAUCCUGCUUCACUUUCACACAAGUCUGUGCGUUAACAACUGUCUCCUACUGGGGGCUGUGAAGCAAGAUGGAUGCUCAGUGUAGAGAAUAUAGAAACUGUGUGAUAAACUUGCUGGAUAUUUGCUAUUUUCUGCCUCAUGAAUGUGCUCUAAGUACAUUAACUGACUACAGAAGACCCUGACAGUUAAUUACCAACCUGCUCCACUGACAAAAAAUGCCAAUUUGGACAAAUAUAUUGGAUGAAGUUUAUCCUUUUCUUCUAUACAAUGUCAGAGAAUAGAGGAUACUGUUCUCUAAUGGCUCUUCUUUGUCCAACCAACAAUCCCAAACUGAAACAAAAUCACAUUUGAGAAGCUGAAACCAUCAAAUAUUUGGCCUUUUUUUGCUAAAAAAUGGACUUGAUUUAGUUGAUGAAUCAUUGCAGCUGUGGUCGUAGUCUAUAAAACAUAUCAUGCAGGUCUUUUUCUCGGUGCUUCAAACUAAUCGUACAUUUUUGGGGCCUGAAACUCAUCAGUCAGACGUCGACACACCAGCUGUGUUGAUCAAACGCUGCCUCCACUGCCUUCAGCCUCACACAGGGGAAACUCGCUGGCGUGAGGCUUCUACACUUGCAAUUUGCACAACAGAAAUGUAUUUAUAUGUAUAUGGAGAGAAUGUAGUUUUUCAAUACAUUGUUGCAGAUGCAUUUCCCUCAUCAUGGCCUUUUUAAGUGUACUAUAACAUGUCUUCUUCUUCUUGUUGCCUCAUGCUAAAACAGGGCGGGAAGCAUACCAUUCAGCGAAAUGGCGAGUAAAUCAUAAAAUACAUGGAUUCAACAAACCUGCUUUUUAUUUUUCAGAAGAGUAAAGAACCUCUAGACUUCAGCUGUGGCCUUGGCGGGUAUUUCAAAUGAUUAAAGAAAGGCUAGCAACAUUAGCAAAGCUAUAUCAAUGCUGCGUGAUAGCUACAUGGCUAGCUAACUAAAGUUUCCUGCCUCCCAAUGAAUUCGUAUUUUCCCUUAAAGAAUUGUACAAACUUCUAAAUGACUGAAAUUUCCAGGGCAGGAACCUAAUCACAUAACCCAACUACUUGGAAGUCUAAACCAAAUCUGGGCUAGCUAGGUUAGCGAGGGUAAAGCUAUGGCUAAUUGUUUCCAUGGCUAUCUUGAUAAUUAAGCUUAGACACCAGCUUCAUUCGCUCAGACGUUCAUAAAAUUUGUUUACGUUCAUAAAAUAUCUGGCUAGCUAACCAGAUACUCGUAACAAAUAGCUGAACUAAGUAGCCAGAUAGACAUGGAAACAUUGUGACUAGACAUCUCGCAGUUGAUGUAAUUUUUUUCUAAUUUUACAAACCGCUACAUGACUGAAAUGUCCUAAAAUGCUAAUUGCAUUUUAUAGUUUUAAAAAUUUUGCUUGUUGCUGCCAUUAAUUUCCUGUCCCGCCCUCACCCCUCACCUCACCCACCAUAAUAUGGAGGGUGAUGGAGGCGGGGUACGCCAUCCAAAUGAUGCAGGGCAUUUUCUGAUUCUUUUUCAGGAUGUAGCACCGUCCUGAUCAGACGCUGUCUCCUGAACGUAAACAGUGUACUGUGCCUUUAACUUUCAGCUGGAGCCCUGACUGUAUUCAUGCAUAGACCCCAUUAUUAUAAAACAGGGAUCAUUUAAAACAAGAGAGUGCUUUAGGGAAACCAGAAUGUAUGUUAACAUGAGGCUGUGUUGUUGAUGUUUUUCUACAUAAGUUUGUUUCUAUAUUGAUUUUCAACAAUAAAGAAGUUUUGAUUCCUUUUUUAAAA